AUGACAAAAGGGUUAGUUCUAGCUCGUGAGUGGAUUCAAGUGCAAGAUAGUGUUCCUAAAAGGCAGCAGGGGUUACCUCCAGUACCUCGGUCACAUCGAGAAGAAGUCAGACUCCCAAUCACGACAUGCAACACGGACGCCUCUUGGGAAGCAACGACAAGAAGAUCGGGCCUUGCGUGGAUCUUCUCCACUCCGGGUACGAAUCUGUCUCAGGAGGGAUCUACAAGAGUCGACAACGUCUCCUCCCCUCUGAUGGCGGAGGCUCUCGCAAUCCGAUCAGGCAUUCUCGCGGCGGUUGAUCUCAACAUCACAAAGCUCCGGGUGUGCUCCGAUUGUCAAACGCUCAUCAGAGCUAUCAAAAACAAACAGCAGAUCAAGGAGAUCUUCGGUGUCGUCUCAGAUAUCAUGCAAAUCUCUUCUCUGUUUGAAUCUAUCGUUUUCGUCUAUGUUUCUCGAUCUGAAAACCGUCAAGCUGAUUGUUUAGCUAAACGGGCUUCAGUUUCUUUUCAGCUUGUCUAA